AUGGAUCCAAAAGAACAACAAUUUCUUGAUGACAAUGGUUUAGUUUUUAUUAAAAUCAUUGCCAAAGGCACAUUUGGUGUUAUCUAUCAAGUUUAUUCGGAGCAAUUUCGAUCGAAUUUUGCUUUAAAGAGAAUUCCCGAAAAAUUGUUCAGUGAUCAAGAAGUUCAAUGCUUGAUUGCUAUUGAUGAUCCUAAAAUUGUCAGUCUAUACAAGUAUUACAAAUUUAAUGGCAACAUUUAUCUUUUGAUGGAAUUUUGCAUGACAGAUUUACAACGAAUUUUAAUACAGAAUCCAAAAAUACAAACAGAGCAACUUAGAAAAUACAUAACUGACAUGGUUAAAUGCGUCAAAGCCUGUCAUGACAAAAACAUUGCACAUUGUGAUAUUAAACCCGCUAACUUCAUGAUAGAUGCAUAUGGCAGACUCAAGAUCGGAGAUUUUGGAUUAUCCGCAAUCUAUAAAGACAAACCAAAGUCACUUGACUUCAAAGGCUCUGGAUUUUACAUGUCCCCAGAAAUUUUCUGUCGUAGGAUCUACAAUCCUAUAAUUUCCGACAUGUGGGCAUUAGGAGUAUCCAUCUACUUCAUCACCACCAAGAGAUUCCCAUUCGAAGCCAACACAGAGCGAGAAUUUUACGCAAAGCUCCAGAGCGGCAAAUACAACACAAGCCUGAUCCAGGACCCUCUACUCGCAGAGGUAAUUGCAGGAUGCUUGGAAUUGGAGCCACGCAAAAGGCUCACAGUUGAUCAGCUGCUGGAACUGCCUUAUUUCACAGAAACAUCUAAAAAGACUGAAGCAAAGAUAAGCUUGAACAGAACAAUGCCACUUUUGAGAAACCAGGACAUAAUUUUGAAGCCAAAAGUGGAAAAUAAGAAUAAGCUGAUUACGUUUCAGUCUUCUACACAUAAUUUAUUCAGAAACUCGAGCUUUAUGAGAUUACAGCUCAUCGAUGUUUCUAAAUCAAGUGAUACGUUCAAUAUUUAA